CAGCGACGGGAUGUUUACGGCGGCCGCGGAGAGUUUGCUCCACCAGGCCAGUGUUUCAGAGAGGUGGGAAGCAAAGGUGGAGAAGUUAAUCAGAAUACGUCUGUGAACUGAGUAGAUGGACCACGUGGGGUGCAAUGAAGGUUAGGGACACGGGCUUACACAGCAAGGCAGGGGGAGGUGGCAACAGAAGCUCAGAAUGUGUGGGGGAGUUUCGUGCCGAGGGUCCACAUGAAAGGGCAAAAGCAAGAGGAAGCGGGAUGGAGGGUGUGCAGGACUUGGAAGUGACUGGACAGGUUGACCUUACAGCCUGCCCAUAAAGAAGCAGCCUGAGGGGCUGGGGUGUAGCUCAGUGGUAGAGCGCCUCCUAGCGGGUGCAAGUUCCAUCCCUAGCACCACAAAGAAGCCUGAAACUUGGAGACUACAAGCACCACCACUCUGGAAAAGUCUCCCAUUAAAUUGCAAGGGAGAUCCAGGAUGAGGAGCUGCAGCGCUUCUGCUCCCGGGUCAGCAAGCUGCUGCAGGAGGAGGACCUGGGCCCCACCGCUGUGGACUCCCUGCAGAGGCUCUUCCUCAUUGUCUCGGCCACAAAGUACCCCCGGAGGUUGGACAAGACAUGCGUGGACCUGCUGCAGGCCACCCUCUGCUUGCCUACGUGCCCAGAGCAGCUCCAGGUUCUCUGUGCUGCCAUUCUGAGGGAGAUGUCACCCUCUGACAGCCUGAACCUGUCCUGUGAUCGUGCCCAGAACACCCGGCAGCUGAGCCUGGUGGCGUCUGUACUCCUAGCCCAGGGUGACAGAAAACAGGAAGUCAAAAGUGUGGGCCAGCGCAUCUUUACAGUCCUUGAGAGCCGGCAGCCUGAGGGGCCCAGUCUUAGGCACCUCCUCCCCGUCCUGUCCAAGGUGGUGGGCCUUGCCCCAGGGACCCUCCAGGAAGACCAGAUCAACCUCCUCAGCAAGCGGCUUGUGGACUGGCUCCGCCAUGCCAGCGUCCAGCAAGGGCUCCCGCACUCAGGGGGCUUCUUCUCCACACCCAGGGCCCGGCAGCCAGGCCCCGUCACUGAGGUAGACGGAGCAGUGGCCUCGGACUUCUUCACGGUGCUCUCCACCGGCCAGUACUUCACAGAGGACCAGUGGCUGAACGUGCAGGCCUUCUCCAUGCUGCGGGCAUGGCUGCUGCACGAGGGCCCCGAGGCCCCCGGCACCCUAGACACAGAUGACAGGUCGGAGCUGGAGGGCUCCACCCUGUCUGUGCUGUCUGCCGCCUCCACGGCCAGCCGCCUGCUGCCCCCGCGGGAGCGACUGAGGGAGGUGGCCUUUGAGUACUGCCAGCGCCUCAUUGAGCAGAGUAAUCGACGAGCCCUGAGAAAGGGAGACUCAGACCUGCAGAAAGCUUGCCUUGUGGAAGCCGUGCUGAUCCUGGACGUGCUGUGCCGCCAGGACCCCUCCUUCCUGUACCGCACCCUCUCCUGCCUGAAGGCUCUGCACGCGCGGCUGGGCACGGACCCGGGCAGCGAGCGGGCACUGCUGCCCCUCGCCCAGUUCUUCCUCAACCACGGGGAGGCGGCAGCUGUGGGCUCAGAGGCCAUCCACCAGCACCUGCUCGCCAGACUCCCUUCUGAGCACUUCCACAACCCCGUGCUGGCCUUUGAGGUCAUCCGGUUCUGCAGGGACAACCUUCCCCUGUUCGACCAUCACCUCCUCAGCGUCCUCAAGUCAAGCUUCCCUAACCUGUUCAAGUUCCUGGCCUGGAACAGCCCUCCCCUCACCUCUGAGUUCGUGGGGCUCCUCCCGGCUCUGGUGGACGCCGGUACGGCCGUGGAGAUGCUGCACUUGCUGCUGGACCUGCCCUGCCUGACCGCUGCCCUGCACCUGCAGCUCAGGUCAUCAUCAACCCCACCUGAAAGGCCCCCGUGGGACGCCUCUCCCAGGACUCCCGGCCGCCUGGAGGCUCUCCGGGACCCGCAGUGCCAGGGUCUGUUUCAGCACCUGCUGCGCACCAAAGCCAGCGGCUCCACAGAGAGGCUGACACCACUCCACCGACUGCUGCAGCCUCUGGCCAGCUAUGCCCGGGUGGCCCAGUGUGCUGAGGCGGUGCCCACUCUGCUCCAGGCAUUCUUCUCCGCUGUGACCCAGUUUGCUGACGAGGCCCUGACCAACCAGCUGGCACUGCUGCUCCUGGAGAGAAGCGACUCCCUUUACCCGGUCCCGCAGUACGAGGCCCGCGUGCACAGGGUGCUGAGCGCCCAGUUCCUGGCCCUGUGUCAGCUGAAUCCCUCCCUGGUGGUGGAACUGGCGAAAGAGCUCCUGGAGUUCCUCGGAAGCGUGAGCAACACCCAGAGCAGAGCAGGCGUGUUCACCAGCGUGGUGUGGGCCGUUGGCGAGUACCUGUCGGUGACCUACGACAGGCGGUGCACCGUGGAGCAGAUCAACAGGUUCUUCGAAGCCCUGGAGGCCUUGCUGUUUGAGGUCACCCAGUCCCGCCCCUCAGCUGACCAACCCAGGUGUCCACCACAGGUUGUCACCGUGCUCAUGACCACACUGACCAAGCUGGCCUCCCGGAGCCAGGACCUAAUACCCAGGGUCUCUCUGUUCCUGUCAAAAAUGAGGACCCUGGCCCAGGGCCCGGCUUCCAGCUGCACACACAGUGAGGAGGACGCGGAGGCUGUCCGCACCCGGGCCACCGAGCUGCUGAACCUGCUGAAGAUGCCCAGCGUGGCCCAGUUCGUGCUCACACCUAGUGCAGAGGUGUGCCACCCCCGCUAUCACCGGGACACCAACACGUCCCUGCCCCUGGCCCUGCGCACGGUCAGCCGGCUGGUGGAGAAGGAGUCCAGCUUCCUGCCAGCGUGAGGGGACGGUGACCAAGUGGACAUCAGCUGCAGAUUGAGCUUGAGGUCACCAGUCUGGUAUCAGGGCCAAGCCACUGGCUUUGGUGGUCUGAGAGGAGUCAUGGAGGAGCAGAGGAGGGUGGGCCCCGGGCGGCUCAGCACCUCAGGGAUGCUCCUCUCACCCUGGCCCCUGUGGUGCUGCCGAGCCUUGGCCUUUGCCUUUUCUCUGGGCUGAUGGGAAGCUGCUGAAUCUGUGUCCCAUUGUUCCCGUCUCUGGACAGUUUGGGGGCUGCGAGAGCUGCAGUAAAAAUAAAGCUUUAAAAGCUUGUGUGAGGUCUCUUCCAGCCUCCCUCCUAGCUGCCAUCUUGUGUCCCCACGUGUGUGUGCCUGAUCUUGGCUGGUCUGCCAGAGACCCCCUGAGCACCCACUCCAGUCCCCCGUGCGGCCCCAUUUCCCCUCCCAGCAAGUUGAAAGACCGUCACAAACCAGGAGAAGCUCACCAGCUGCAGGCGCCAGAGCACCUCGGUGGGAAGGGAGCUGCUCACAGGAGGAGGAAGAGGUUCACAGUGGCUUCAGCAGGUGACAGCUCAGUUCUUAGGAGGCAGGGGUACACAGUGUCUGGUAUUGGAGAGGCGAAUGUGCUUACAAACCAAGGGACAGUGACCCACCCUGACAACCCUAGGGUUCAGGGUCUCUGGCCACAAGCACUCCCGCUUACAGGCCAUGCUGAGGCCACAGCUGACAAAGUGCUGCCCCAUCGUAAACCAGCUUGGUGCAGGUGAUCCGACCGGUUUCCGGACACUGGCGGAAGCUCUGCCCCAACAAUCUGGAUGGGAAAGCACCACUUGCUACUGGAGGGGAUGAUGAAGUUCCAGAUCUUGUGGGAAAUCUUGAGGUUUCUAAGAAUGAGGUGAACUGCACUGGUCAACUUCUGAAGAUGAACUUGAAGGAGUUCCUGGGAGCUGCUGUCUUAUAUAAUGACUGCUUUUCAAAAUGGUUUUGUUUAUGGAUCUGAUAAAAUCUAGAUCUCUAAUAUUUUUAAGCCCAAGCCCCUUGGACGCAGCUCUUCACAGUUUUUGCUUAUACGCGAUACUCUGCAGCUAAUUAAGCUGAAGAAGCCUGGGAAUUAAGUUUGAAACAAAGGUUAAUAAA